AUGGAGGCUUCAGCGCAACAGACUCACAAGGCUCUGAAAGAGGCAUUCGUGUCGGACCUAUCAGGGGGUGAUAUCUGGGAGAUUAAUCAAGUCACAUUCACCGCCGUGUCAGCUUACGCACUCUGGGCCGCCCUUGACUCUCGAAAAGGUGUCUUCAAGAACUAUGGCGUCUCAGAGUUCUUCCUCGAGUUUGGGAUCAAUUGCCUCGGGCUGUUACUGGCAAUCACGCUCUACGCCGACAACCCCAUCGCCCUAAACCUUGCCCUCCUUAUCCCAGCAGCCAUUCUCCUGCUCACAACACCGGAUGAAUCUCCCAGAAAGUCAAAAUCAGCAAAGCCUGCAGCAACCAAAACCCAGUCCGCGGAGAAUGCGAAGCGAAAACCCUUCCUCACGGCUUACCGCGGUGGAAUGAUGCUCAUCACGACCCUAGCCAUCCUCGCAGUCGACUUUCCCCUUUUCCCCCGCCGCUUCGCAAAAGUCGAGACAUGGGGUACAUCCCUCAUGGACAUGGGCGUCGGUUCAUUUGUCUUUUCCUCAGGCCUGGUAUCGUCUCUUCCCAGCGGUUCUCUGAGUGUGAGACUACGCAAGGCACUCAGGGUAGCUGGACCGAUGUUGAUCCUAGGAGGAAUCAGAUGCGCUGUAACGAAAGCGAUCGGGUACCAGGAACAUGUCACAGAAUACGGUGUCCACUGGAAUUUUUUCAUGACCCUCGGCUUCCUCCCGCCGUUCUUGGCUAUUCUGGCACCGCCCAUUAGUGUCCUUACACCCACCGUUUCCGCAAUCUUGAUUGGAGUCGUAUACGAGUAUGCUCUUGACAAGAUGAAGUUAUCCGCUUGGGUAUUGACUGCCCCACGCGUUGACGUCCUCAGUCAGAAUAAAGAAGGUAUCUGCUCCUUCAUCGGGUAUUUCGCCAUCUUCCUCGCUGGUCUCGGUACAGGCAACCAGAUUCGUCCACGUUCCACUGCCACUCCGGUCCAGAGCAGUCGCGCCAAGCUCCUUCGCACAUUGGCUUUCUCGUGCGUAGCUUGGUCCGCGGCGACGUAUUUCGCCAUUGCUCCUCGCUCAUUGUACGGCCUCGAUCUUCAGGUCUCACGAAGGAUGGCAAACCUACCAUACAUCCUCUGGGUUCUGGCUUACAACACCUUCUUCCUUCUGUUCUACCUGGGAGUGGAGUGCCUCUUUUUCACCUCAACACCAAGCACCGCUUCGCGCUCAUAUGCCGUACCGAGGGUUUUGCACGCCAUCAACUUGAACGGCCUCGCGAUCUUCCUGCUGGCCAACUUACUCACGGGAUUGGUAAACAUGUCGUUCAACACGCUAGAAAUGGGACGCGUCCAGAGCUUCGGGGUUCUGGCAGGGUACUGCGGAGUUCUCGCAACCAUCGCUAUUCUCCUCGACGCCCGGGGCAUCAGAAUAAAGCUGUAA